UUUAGGUGGCGCUGUUGUGGGAGACCGUUAGCUCAAAUGUCACCGGAAGAAGAACUUGAGGUCAAACAAGAAACAUGGCGGCCGUCCGCACACGGCUGCCCUUGCUGUUCCCUAAAAACCUUCCUCCGCUCAGAAACCAAAAGUUUGCCCACACAGAGGCCGAAGUCAAGGUGCCCGCGUAUCCGCCCAUCGUCCCCUCUCUGACGGCUAAAAGUAAAUCUGCUCGGGCUCGACAGGCUCAGGAGCAGGUGAGGAAGAUCCGCGGCUCCCCGCUGCAGGAGAAGAUCUCCCUCAUCACCCGCAUCCAGCGGAAGAAAUUUGUGGUUUACCCGCAGACCUUCGCCCGAAACGCGGACAGAUGGUACCAGCACCUCACCAAGACCGCAUACAUCCCGGGUCUACCCGAGAAAUUCACCCCAGCUCCGGAGAGGAUACCCGGCGGAGAGGAGGCGGAGGAGAGCUCGCCGGCAGCCGCGGCUCAGACCUCAGUACCCGGGGUUGAUGAUGAGGGUUUCUCGGAGAUCCGCUCCCUGGUGACCCGGGUGAUUUUAAUGGAGCACUGGCAUCUGAAGAAACGCAGACCCUACGUGUACAGACAGCAGGAGCAGACAGUCGGACCUUUUCUGAGGAGCCUGGUGACUGAACUCAGCCACAGUUUGGUCAAAUACAACCCGCUGCUCCGCCUCUCCAGUCUGGACAUUGACCCACAGGUGAACUUUUACUGGAGGAGAGGACAAAGAAAUAUCCCAAAGGGCCACCGGAGAGGCCACCAAGAGCCAAUCAGGUUCCAGAUCGAUGACCACCCGCACAGUCAGAUCAGAAUUACUCAACAGCUGCCACAGUUCGCCCCGCUGGAGGCUUCGUAUGCAGCUGAAGUUCCGGUGAUCACACAGUGUCCCAACCUGAUGCCUCUGUUCAGAAGACAGUAUGACAACCAUAUCUUCACAGGUGCUAAGCUACCUGAUCCGGCUUGUUACGGGCACACUCAGUUCCACAUGGUGCCAGAUCGUUACCACAGAGACCGGAUGGCUCAGCGGCAGCAGUCUGACCAGGUGGAGGUCUUUCUUAGAGCCAAUGGACUCGCCAGCCUCUUCGCCUGGACAGGAGCUCAGGCCAUGUACCAGGGUUUCUGGAACCAUGAGGACGUCACCAGGCCGUUCGUGUCCCAGGCUGUGAUCACAGACGGCCAUUUCUUCUCCUUCUUCUGCUACCAGCUCAACACAGUGGCCCUCUCAGUGGAGACGGACGCCAACAACCCGAGGAAGAACCUGCUGUGGGGCACCGAGAGCCUGCGACUGUACGAGAGCGUGCAGGACGGAGAGGUGGUGGGUCUGAACGACGGAGUCAUCAGGCUGCUGGUUCAAUUCCUCAUGAACCAGCCGUAGACGUUCUUCAGGACAGCAGAAAUGAAGGAAAGCAUGGAAACUGUCAUCCGCCGAUUUCCAUUGCAGUCACCUCUGCAACACCUUAAACCCUUAUUCACUGAACAAACAAGAACAUAAAGCUAUCUUAGCAUAUAAUUGCUAAUUAUAAUGUUAUUUAAGCUUAUAAACAAAUUAAAAUGUCAACUACAUACCUGAUGCGCAUUUGUGUGCUUCGUUCUGCCGCUGAAGCACAAACGCACUCUGCACUACUUGCUUUUGGUAAAACAUCAGCCACAAAAAACACAACCUUUUUACUUCUAGUCCAGGUUUGUUGCUUUUUUCUCACCUGAUCACUUGAAUGCGUGUCAUAAUUACAACUGCAGAACUGGGAAGCAUGAUAUUUCUGAGGAGCAUGUGAAGGCGGUACAUAAGCUACUGUUAGUGGCUUUUAUAAAAACAACCUUUUGUCGGAUUUGUUUAAACUAGCUACGUCCACAGAGUAGUACAUGAGACAGAUGAUCUGUAAAAAAACGAAACUAAUUACUUCUAAUGUAAUUUACAAGAAUCAGUGUACACCGAAAAUAACCAUUGAGAGCUGAGGAGCCUCCAACACAGCUGCCAAUUACUGCUUGUGAACUGCAGUCAAACUGUCAAACUACGUAGCACUGAUCAAAUUUUUCAUAAAAUGUUAUAUUUUAGUGUACCGUUUAGCUGUAAAAUGAGAAAGACGGCUCUGGCAGGUAGGAGUGGGAAUUGAGAGCCGGUUUCAAGUUGUCUGAUCCAUCAGAAGUGUUUGACUCUGAGCUCAUCAGUUCCUUUUGUUGAUGCCGGCUGGUUUUUAAGACAGUUACGAAAUAAUGACGUUGACCUCAUGUAUCUACACUGCGGGAUACUUGCAGCAAGGAGUGAAGAAACUUACCAAAGUGUGACUUCAUUUCAUGAAGAAAGAUGACAACAGUGCUGCAUUUAAUGUCUGUAAAAUAAUAAUUUCAAUGAGUGAAAACACCAGCAAUAUGCAAAACAUCUCCACAAAAUCUGCAGCAUAUGCUUAAAAUAAAGUUAUUUUACGCAUGAGUGCCAUUACUUCCCAGCUGAGCAGCACAUCUGUUACUGAGCGUAAACCUCCUAUAAUAACAUUACAGCAUUCGCGCCUCCACAGUGGAGCUUUAGCACACCUGAGUCACCUGCAUGCCUGUUCUGUGCUCAGUCUCAGAUUUAAUAAAACAGAUGCGUUGAUGGUAAAAACCUGUUUAGGCCUACUUUUUUUCCCACACUGAAAAUUGAUCAGGAUUCAAUAAGGAAAUUGAUAAAGAAUCAAACUGAUAAGCAGAAUUGAUAAUGGCUGUGGAAUCGAUAAAAUCUGAUCAGUUUCCAUUCCCGUAGGCCAGUGGGCCAUGCUUCGUUUUGGCUCGACUGCUUUCAGCAUGUAGCAGUCUUUCUCAUUAUACAGCUAAACAGUACAGUUAAAUGUGUUUCUGAACAUUUGAGGUGAUAAAUAGGCAAUGCAGUAACAGAAUCAUGAUUUACAUUUGAUCAGUGCUGCCUAGUUUGACAAUAAAACUCAUUUUAGGAGCUGUGAUAGUGAUUGGGACGUGGCAAUGAGAAUUUGUUUUGCCACCAGAAGAGAUUAUAUCAUUCACCCCUUCGGUCACGCUGAAUAUAAAUCAACAGGAGACGAAUAUUCGCCAGUGUGAAUUUCGCUGAAGUGUUACUGCGCCCUUAGAGGCGUAACAAUACAAGGCAA